GAUAGCUCAAUAGCCUAGCAUCUAUCACAAUUUGUAGGAUGGGAUGUGUUAUUGUACUGCCUGGUUACGCGCUGAUAUCGAGGAUAAGUAGAGUUUAUUUCAUUUACUCAUGCCUCUGUUGUUGAUGAGUGCGAUCAACCAAGUACACAUAGAUAUUCGCGAGCAUAUCUAGUUCAAUUGAGGUUUUGGCCUUCACACCAGUAUCCCUUGAUAUAAACCUCAAACCCCAAGCUAAUCUACAGCAAUUCCAACCUCCAGCUACAACUUCGUAGAUAUGUCACCACACGCAUCCGCUCCCGCUCCCACCAACCCCUCCACAACCACCUCCUCAAACCCACCCCGCAUCCUCGUUAUCGGCGCUGGAUCAAGAGGUAGUCAGUAUUCCCGCUGUGUACACGAAUCUACUCCGGGCAUCGUCUCUGCAGUCGCAGAACCCAUUCCUUAUAAACGACAACGCCUUGGUUCGCGCUACAUUUGGGGUUCUGGUUCCCCGUCUGAAGGACAAUCAUUUUCCAACUGGAAAGAAUUCCUCUCCUAUGAGCUCGAUCGACGAGCCCGCGCUGCUCGCGGGGAGUCCGUUCCGCCUGGGAUCGAUGCCGCGUUUAUAUGUGUGCUAGAUGAAAUGCACAAAGAGGUCAUUGUGGGAUUGAAACCAUUGGGCCUGCAUAUUAUGUGUGAGAAACCGUUGGCGACAACAUUGGAGGAUUGUGUAGAGAUUUAUAGGGCAAUGUUGCCAGAUUAUCCACGGAAUAAAUUACCGGAUAAAAUAUUCAGUAUUGGACAUGUGUUGAGGUACAGUCCGCAUAAUAUGAUGUUGAGGAAGCUACUUUUGGAGGAGAGGGUUAUUGGGGACGUGCUGAGUAUUAACCAUACUGAACCAGUGGGUUGGUGGCAUUUUACUCAUAGUUACGUUCGUGGAAACUGGCGCAAAGAAUCUACGACUGCCCCAUCUCUCCUCACGAAAUCCUGCCAUGAUAUUGAUCUCCUUCUCUGGCUCCUCUGUUCUCCUCCCCCGUCCGACCCAACCGCUCCACCCCAUCUUCCUGAAACGAUAACAUCCUCUGGCUCUGUGCAACAAUUUACUCGUACGCGCAAACCCGUAGCCGCAGGCACCGCAACAAAUUGUCUCUCCUGUCCCAUUGAACCAGAAUGUAAAUACUCCGCCAAAGACAUAUACAUAUCCCCAAAACACAAAGGACUCCAACUCCCCAACACCAACUGGCCUGUCGACAUUCUUGUCCCAGACAUCGAAGAUAUCCUCCGUACCUCUGGUCCUGAAGUCGCCGAAUCCGCCAUCCUCUCCGUCUUAUCCGAAGACUACACAUCCUCAACUCCUGUCCCCCAAAUCGAAGGCAAAAACUGGUUCGGUCGCUGUGUCUAUGAAUCCGACAACACAGUUAACGAUGACCAAUUCGUGACUCUCACGUUUCCCGCCAACCCCUCCCUUAAUCGCGGAGCCAAACAAGCUUCGUUCCACAUGGUAUCACAUACAAAAAAGAUCUGUGAGAGAUAUUCACAUAUAUAUGGUAGUGAUGGAGAAAUACAUGCAGAUAGUACGACUAUCACAGUUGAGGACUUUAAUACUGGAGAAACAAAAGUCUAUGAGCCGAAAAUCACGGAUAUUAAGAGUGGACAUGGAGGUGGGGAUGAAGGGCUAGUAAGACAGUUUGUGGGCGCUAUAAAUAGUGUCAUGAACGAGGGGGCGGAAGUAGAAGCUGCGCAGAGAAAAUGGGUAGGGUGCAGCUUAGAAGAAGUAAUCCGAAGCCACGCGGUAGUUUUCGCAGCAGAAGAAGCCCGAAAAGAUAAGCUAGUAUUGGAUUUUGGAAGUUGGUGGGAAAGAGAAGUUGUGGGCAAAUUGAAUGCUUCUGUUAUUUAAAUUUAGCGAUGAUAUCACGAUGGUAUUCAGAUACGAAUAACGGUUCUGGUGGCGUACGGCAGCUAGGUAUAUUGUGGAAAUAACUACCUAAAGACGACUGGUUGUAAAACUCAUUGUUGAAAUCGAUGAUUUAGCUCCCCAGUUAUCAAGGUUGAAUGGUAGGAGUUGGGGCGGUCAGCAUUCAUGGUAUUAUGGGAGGUAUUGGUAUCAUAAUGAGACAUACAAUAAACGAUUUAUGAGUAAUGAUAUAUAAGACUAUAACUACCUAAAGCCUUGUAGUAUUUCA